AUGCGGAAAGUGAAACCGUUCACCCGGCCACCAUGGACAUUAGGGGCAGUAGAUGAAAGAGCGGAGAGAAGAGAGAAAAUAUUGUUGGAUAUUGCUACUGCACUAGAGGAGAAGGAAAGUGCAAUUAAGGCUGAGAAUGAUGCUGAUGUUUCUGCAGCACGCAAAGCUGGAUAUGAUGACUCACUAGUUUCUCGUUUACUUUUGAAGCCUGGGAAGAUCGCAGCCCUUGCAAAAUCAAUUCGUACAAUUGCAGAUAUGAAAGAACCCAUCGGUCAAAUAUUGUCGAGAACUGAGCUUGCAGAUGGACUUGUUUUAGAGAAGACAUCAUGUCCUUUGGGUGUCCUGUUGAUUGUUUUUGAAUCUCGACCUGAUGCACUCGUUCAGAUUGCUGCAUUAGCAAUUCGAAGUGGAAAUGGACUCUUGUUGAAAGGAGGCAAAGAGGCUAAUCGCUCAAAUGCUAUCCUUCACAAGAUAAUUACAUCAGUCAUCCCAGAUACUGUUGGUAAAAAACUUAUUGGGAUUGUGACUUCAAGAGAGGAGAUACCUGACCUUCUCAAGCUUGAUGAUGUGAUAGAUCUUGUCAUACCUAGAGGCAGCAAUUAUCUGGUUUCACAAAUCAAGAAUACUACAAAAAUUCCAGUUCUGGGUCAUGCUGAUGGAAUUUGUCAUGUUUACGUAGACAAGUCAGCUAAUAUGGACAUGGCAAGGCAUAUUGUUGUGGAUGCAAAGCUGGAUUAUCCUGCUGCCUGUAAUGCUAUGGAAACACUUCUUGUGCACCAAGAUCUGACAACUAGUACUGGGUUUCAGGAACUUCUUGUAGAAUUGAAACACGAAGGAGUUAGUUUAUAUGGUGGACCGAGAGCAAGUUCUCUGUUCAACAUUGCAUUCGCAGACUCGUUUCACCAUGAGUACAACUCUAAGGCUUGCACAAUAGAAGUUGUGGAUGAUGUGCAAGAUGCCAUUGAUCACAUUCAUAAGCAUGGAAGUGGCCAUACUGAAUGUAUUGUUACGGAGGAUCAAGAAGUUGCUGAAUAUUUCUUACAUCAAGUUGAUAGUGCUGCAGUUUUCCUUAAUGCAAGCACACGCUUCUGCGAUGGGGCGCGUUUUGGACUAGGGGCCGAGGUUGGCAUAAGUACCAGCAAGAUACAUGCUCGAGGUCCAGUAGGAGUUGAAGGACUGCUAACAACAAGAUGGGUGCUUAGAGGUACCGGACAAGUUGUGAAGGGUGACAAAGGGGUUGAUUACACCCACAAGAAGCUAGCCCUUGACUAAACAAGUCAGAAUCUGAACAUUUCGUGGAAAUGAUGCUUGAAAUCCAUCGAGAUUUGUUGUAGUCCUCUUACCGCGGUCAAGGAUGAAGUAUAGUGGCAGAAAGUGAUAUACUUUUAGUUUGGUUUCAUGUUUCUGAGAAAUUUACUUUCAGAGCAUUAUUUAGAGAAUAUUGGAGAGCAAGAGCAUUUUUCAGAGCAUUAUUUAGGUUGGUUUCAUGUUUCUUUCUUGUACAUGUUCUAUUUAGACAAAUCUCAAAGUCCUCCA